AUGUGUGUAUUUGCCGCGGUAUUACAUCUAAAAUUAAAUAUUCUCAAACGAUAUGUCGCUUUGAAUCUUGUUGUAAGUAAAGUAACAGUAAUCUCUGUUUAAAAUUGGAUAUAAUUUGAAGUGAAAUGUUUUUAAAAAAAAUAUUUUGUGACAAAUUUAGUAUAAAAACGUAAAAUAUUUUAUUUUUUAAGUACGUUGAAGUUACUUUUAUGUCUCUAAUGUUAUCUUAGCCUAAAAGUUAAUCAAAAAAUAUUUUUCAACAGUAAUACCUAUAUAAUGGAUUCAUUGUCAUUUAUAAUAUGACCAUGUAGAACACUUACUGCAAAAGAAUGCUGAAACUACCCUAUAUGAUAUUAAAAGUAAAGUAAUUCCAAAAUUUAGCUUACAUAUUUGGAACAGACGUUGGCGUUCCAGACGUUUGAUAAGGAAUCCAUGGAGAAGUUGUCCAAGAGAUUCGGAUGGGAAGAAGCAGAGAUGGUAGAGGAUAGGGACGCCUUCAAGACAUCAGUCGGAGCCAAUACUACGCUAAAAGGCAGGUUUGCAUUACUUUAUAGUGCUUGUCUUAAAAGGCAGUGUUUAAAUUUACAUUUUAGAGCGUGUCCAAACCUAUUUUUUAAGAAUUAUUAAUUAAAUUUUGCCACGACUCGCCAUGACAUCCAUAUUAUGCAAAUUGUAAAAGAACUUAUCAUAACCAUGCUCUAUAUCUCAUAAUUUACAUCUUGAUGGUCAUUAAAACCCAUUUUAACAAAAGUUCAUUUCAGAAGAUCCAUUCGCAAGACCUGAGGACAUUUACGACGAGAACACCAACUUGGCCAACGACAAGACUCUCGAGAUCGUGGCAGCAGGUCCCGAGGUAUUUGAAAAAAAGUAA